AUGAGCGACCCCAUCGUUUUGCAAUCGGCAGUGCGAGUGCCUACUCCUCCACCUGGCGCCUCGUACUCCCCCCAGCCUUCGGCAUCACGAAAACGCUCUCCGCCCUCUCGUUCCCCUUCGCCCAAUCGUCGCCGGUCGCCGCCGGGUGACUCUGUCAAUGAGGAUGGCGAUGCGCCGCACAUCGAUUCCGAGCGUGCGAUAGAGAGAGAGCGCCAACUUGCCGAACGGGUCCGUCAGCAUGAGAAGGAAGAGGCAGCACGGAAGCCGAUGACGGCAGAAGAAAAGCAGGCGUCGGCCAAGGCAGAAUAUGAGAAGCUCACGAACAUGCGCUCGGGUGGCACCUAUAUCCCCCCGGCUCGACUGCGCGCGCUGCAGGCGCAGAUCACGGACAAGACCAGCAAGGAAUACCAGCGUAUGGCAUGGGAGGCACUGAAAAAAUCGAUCAACGGUCUCAUCAACAAGGUCAACGUAUCGAAUAUCAAAUUUAUCGUGCCAGAGCUGUUCGGAGAAAACCUCGUGCGCGGCCGGGGUCUAUUCUGCAGAAGCAUCAUGAAAGCUCAGGCGGCCAGUUUGCCGUUUACUCCCAUCUACGCGGCGAUGGCGGCCAUCGUCAACACGAAGUUGCCCCAGGUGGGUGAGUUGCUGCUCAAUCGCCUGAUCGUGCAGUUCCGCAAGGCAUUCAAGAGAAACGAUAAAGCGGUGUGCAUAUCCUCGACGACGUUCAUCGCGCACCUGUGCAACCAACAAGUUGCGCACGAGAUGCUGGCGGCUCAGAUUCUGCUGCUGCUGCUUCACAAGCCCACGGAUGACAGUGUGGAAAUUGCGGUUGGGCUGACCAGGGAGGUGGGACAACAUUUGGAGGAGAUGAGCAGUCCUAUCGCCCUAGCCGUGUUCGAUCAAUUCCGCAACAUUUUGCACGAGGCCGACAUCGACAAGCGAGUGCAGUACAUGAUCGAAGUUCUGUUCCAGGUCCGAAAGGAUCGGUACAAGGACAACCCGUCGGUCAAGGAUGAGCUUGAUCUGGUGGAGGAGGAAGAUCAGAUCACCCACCGCGUUGGUCUUGACGACGAGAUCGAGACGCAGGACAGCCUCAACAUCUUCAAAUACGACGAGCAGUGGGAGGAACACGAAGAGGCAUACAAGAAUCUCAAGGCGGAGAUUCUUGGGGAGGGCAGCGACGAGGAAGAUGACGAGGACGAUUUCGAUGAAAGCUCCGACGACGAAUCAGACGAAGACCAGAAGAUGGAUAUCAAAGACCAGAGCAACACGAAUCUGGUCAACCUGCGACGAACAAUCUACCUGACCAUCAUGUCCAGUAUCGACUUCGAAGAGUGCUGCCACAAAUUGAUGAAGAUCUCGCUGCCGCCCGGCCUCGAGCCGGAACUUCCGUCCAUGAUCAUCGAAUGUUGCUCGCAGGAACGAACGUACUCCAAGUUCUACGGCCUAAUCGGUGAACGAUUCUCGAAGAUCAACCGCUUUUGGUCUGACCUCUUUGAAGCUGCGUUUGCCAAGUACUACGACACCAUUCAUCGAUACGAAACGAACCGGCUGCGCAACAUCGCGCGUUUCUUCGGCCACAUGCUCAGCAACGAUGCCAUCGGCUGGCAUGUUCUGUCGAUCAUCCACCUGAAUGAGGAGGAGACGACAUCGAGCAGCCGUAUCUUUAUCAAAAUCCUCUUCCAGGAUCUCGGAGAACAUCUUGGCAUGCCGAAAUUGCACGAGCGCAUGAGAGACGAUAUCCUGCGCUCCAGCUUCGAAGGUCUCUUCCCGCUGGACAACCCGCGCAACACCCGCUUCUCCAUCAACUACUUCACCAGUAUCGGCUUCGGUCUGCUGACGGAAGACAUGCCCCAUCAGACUCGGGCUCGGUCAGAUCUCACUCCACCUGUUCCACCUGCACCGGCCGCUCGCGCUCGCGCUCCGUUUCAUACUCCCGCUCUCCGUCGCGCACUCGUGGUCGGGGACGCUCGGUCAGCCGCGGACGAUCUUACAGCCGCUCCGUCUCGGGCUCCUCUCGGCGAAGCUACAGCUACACGCCCUCGCGGUCCCGAUCUCCCGUAUCGAAAAACCGCCGACGCUCCGUGUCGUACAGUCGGUCUCGCACACCACCCCGACGCACUCGCGCCCGAUCCUACGAUUCCCGUUCGUCACGGAGCGCGAGUCCAUAUCUGGCUCGCCGGUCAGCGUCUCGCUCCGUCUCGCCUCCUCGCACGCGUGGUGGCCGUAAAGAUCGAAGCCUCUCACGCUCCGUAUCGCGGUCUCCCUCCCCUCCACCUCGACGUGGCAAUGCCAGACGCUAUUCCUCGGCGUCUCGCUCGCCUCCACCCGCCGGCAAGCGCCGCGUCGCGAGUCCAUCCGCCUCGCGUUCGCCUCCGCCAGCUCGUCGCCCCCGAGAUGCCUCGGCCUCGCGCUCUCCUCCGCCCCGACACGGACGAGGCAGAAGAUACUCGGACUCUCGUUCUCCGUCCGCAUCUCGCUCGCCUCCUCCGCGUCGAACCAACAAAGCCCGAUCUCGCAGCCCGCCUCGUCGGCCUCGGGCUGCCGAUUAUUCCUAGCCAUGAUGUCUUAACAGAAAGGAAUCGGAUGAAACUCUAG